AUGUCGUCUAAAGGCAUUGGUAAGAGGUUUGGCUUCAAGAGGUCAAACACCAACCAAGAGGAACCUAUCACGGUCAAUGAGAUCUCUAGACUCGACAGCCAGACCAAGAAGGUUGGCGAGAGCAGCACGCUCGGCCCGGAACAUGGAGUUGCAGAAGAGGUUAUCAUCGGUGAUGUUCGCGACAUCACCGAAGUUGAGGCCAAUCAUGCCCUCAAGUCCUUCAAGAAGGAUCACAUGUGGGACCCCAACAUGGUGCGUACGAGCAGUCCUAGUGCGAGAAUCAAGCAUACUAACAUGUUUCCANNGUCGGACGAGGCGAUCGAGAUGGUUGACGCUGUCACCGAUGCCCACGACGCCAAGGGAGAGGCUCAACUGGUUGGCGCCAUGAUCGAGAACUCACCUUAUCCCGAAGUCCGCGCUGUCGUAAGAAACUAUGAUGAGGAUGUGCCCGCAAGCACCAUCAGAGCAUGGACUAUCGGUCUCAUCAUGACCACCAUCUGCUCAUCGCUCAACGCUCUGUUCCUGCUGCGCUACCCAAACAUCUCGAUUGGUCCUUACGUCGUACAACUUAUCUCUUACCCCAUUGGUGUUGGCUGGGCUAAAGUCAUGCCUAACAAGCAAGUCUCUCUUUUCGGGUUGAAGGCCAACCUCAACCCUGGUCCUUUCAACGUCAAGGAGCACGUCAUCAUUGUCGCCAUGUCCAACGCAGCUUUCGGUGGUGGUGCUGGUUACUUCGUCGAUACCGUUGUCUCUCUGAAGAAGUUCUAUCACUUCGAUACUAGCCAAUUCGGUUGGGGAUUCAACACUCUGUUCGCCCUGUCUACUCAGUGUCUUGGCUUUGGUCUCGCUGGCUCCGUCCGCAAGUUCCUUGUCGAGCCCGCCGCCAUGAUCUGGCCCGGUGCUUUGGUCAACGUUGGUUUCAUGUACGCCUUGCACGAUCAUAGCAAGGCUGAUCCCGCAAAAACAAAUGGCUGGUCCAUGAGUCGUUACAAGUGGUUCAUGAUCUGUAUGGUGGGUAUGUUCGUCUGGUCUUGGUUCCCUGAUUUCAUCAUCCCCGCUUUCAGCUACUUCGCAUGGGUCACUUGGAUCAAGCCCCAGAAUGUCGUCGUCAACCAGCUCUUCGGCCAGCAGACUGGUGUCUCCUUGGGCUUCCCCUUCACUGGAUUCACCCUCGACUGGGCUCAGAUCAAUUCUUUCUACGGCAGUCCUCUUCUUUCUCCAUGGCACGCACUUGCCAACACCGGAGUCGGAAUCGUCUUCUUCGGCUGGCUCGUCGUCCCUGCCCUGCAUUACAGUGGCGUCUGGUACGCCGACUAUUUGCCCAUCUCACAGAACGGUAUUCUGGAUAACUUGGGUAAUACUUAUAAUACUUCAAGAAUCCUCACACCCGAGCAUGUUGUCGAUCCUGCCAAGUACGAGGCAUACUCGCCUCUGAUGCUCUCGACCGCUUUCGCUCUUACCUAUGGCAUGAGUUUUGCCUCCAUUGCCGCACUCGUCAGUCACACUUACCUGUUCCAUGGUGCUGAGAUUUGGCGCCGUUUGAGAUCCUCCAAGGGUGAACUCGAUGAUGUGCACAUGAAGAUCAUGCGCAAGUACAGACUCGUGCCCACCUGGUGGUACAUUAGUCUUCUGGCUGUCAUGACCGCGUUCGCCUUCGUCUCCGCACUGGCAUACCCGACUGGUAUGGCUUGGUACUCCGUCAUUCUUUCACUGGUCAUCGCGACCGUGUUCACUAUUCCCAUCGGUAUCAUUCAGGCUUUCACCAACAUCCAACUGGGUCUCAACGUCUUCACCGAGUUCAUCAUCGGUUACGUCCAGCCUGGGCACCCUAUCGCCAUGAUGAUGUUCAAGACUUUUGGAUACAUCGUCAUGACUCAGGCGCUCUAUUUCUGCCAAGAUCUGAAGCUCGGUCACUACAUGCAUGUUCCUCAGCGAUCUUUGUUCACUGCUCAACUUGUUGCCACUAUCUGGUCUUGUCUUUGCCAGCUGGCAACAGUCGAGUGGGCCAUGGGCGCCAUCAAGAAUGUCUGCACGAAGGCAGCACAAGGAUCCUUCACUUGUGCCUCGAUCAAGACCUUCUACAACGCCAGUGUCAUCUGGGGUGCUAUCGGUCCCAAGCAUCUCUUCUCCUCCGGCUCCGUGUAUCAAGGUCUCCAGUACUUCUGGCUGGCCGGUUUCAUCUCGCCCUUCAUUGUCUACGGACUCGCUCGUGUGUUCCCCAAGAUGUCACUGAUCCGCAAGAUCAGCAUGCCCAUCAUCUUCGCUUGUUUCAGUUACGUUCCUCCUUAUUCGGCCAUGAACAUUGUAAGUUCUCACUCCUUCUCUCACCAAAAGCCAAACAUCAUGCUGACUUAUUCCACANNGCUCUCUUGGGUCUUGGUCGGCUGGGCCUUCAACAAGUUCAUCCGUAACAGGUACCGUGGAUGGUGGAUGGAGUACAACUACAUCACCUCGGCCGCUUGGGAUGUUGGUCUUGCGCUCUGCGCCAUUGUCAUCUUCUUCUGCAUCCAACUCCCUGGCUCGGGCAUGCCCGACUACUGGGGAACCACUAUUGUCAGCACUACCCUUGAUGGUGCUGGUGGUAACGUCAGAAAGACGGUUGCCGACGGCGAGUACUUCGGUCCCAGAACCUGGAAGUGGUAA